AUGGAUUGUGGCCGUACUUCUCGAAUACGGCCACAGCCAUCUAGUAGCCGCCCGUUACCUUGCCGCUCGUUCGCCGCUCUUCUGCUCGUUCUUCUCGCUUGCCUGCUGAUACGCCCCGUGUCCGCCGUCCUGAUCCCUUUCGACAACUGCCUCCCCGAUAGCUACAGGAACUACGAACCGCUGCCCCUGCAAUGGAGCCCCGUUUACGUUGACGCUCGCUUCGACACCGAAAACCCGGACCACUCUCUUCAAAUCAUCGUAUGGGGCAAUGUGUCGGGUUCGUAUUACGACGUGAAGCUUCCUCCUGCGGGCGAUCCGCUCUGGAACGAUUCUAGCUAUCAAGAUGGCAAAAUCCUCGACUACACCAAAGCAGGCAACAAAGUCACCACUCUCGCGAGCAAGGUCAACUUCUUGACGUAUGAGCCUUUCAGCAAUGUCUCCAGCUUCUGCAACUAUAGCCUCGUCGAUGGCUCCUGCCCUCUUGGUCCGGUCUUCAACUCGACGCCCAUUACGAACCCGUAUGGCAACUUGCCUUCAGUAAACAUUACAACCAAUAUGGGCUCGUCGUAUGCCUUCGCCUCGCUUGCUGCGACUCUCCAAAUCAUCUAUGGAGACGACUCGGCUAGGCAUAUCGGCUGCGCUUCUGCCACCGUAACUCCGGAUUUGGGCGGUACCCGCGAUCUUUUGCGUUACUUACCGCUCGUUGUGCUGCUCUUUGUUGGAUUCGCAACCAUGUUCGCCUCUGUAUUCAGCCCGUGGGGGUCCACAGACAUCUUCCACUGGACAACCAACUAUGGACGAGACGCCGAUCUGUUGCGCUUGGUGACGCCCGGGUUCGGGGACUGUCUUCAAUAUAUCCAGUUUGUGGCUCUCACCGGUGGGCUGACUCUCAACUACCCAGGGUUCUACCAGCCUGUUGUCAGUCAGGCGAGUUGGUCCGCAUUGAUGUUCAACGAGAGCUUCGUGAGCAAGUCCCCGGGCUGGCAGUCGAUUCAAGAUGGUAUCUACGUGACCAACGGCUCUUACGGACUGCACCGCUACGCACAGAUGGUGGGCAUGACCGAUGUUGAGGAUAUCUGGGCUGGAACCAUGGUUUGGGUUUGCGUCAUCGUUGCUGCCCUGUUCGUCCUCAUUCAGAUUGGUUUCUUCUGCCGCUGGGUCCUGCGGUUCAUUAGUGACACCCCUGAAGAGGACCUUCGGGCCAAGAAUAUUCCCUUCUCAGUGGGGAACGUUGUGCGGAUAGUUUUCAACUACCUGCUGCUGCCUAUCGUAGCACUGUCUACCUUUCAGCUGGUUGUUGCCAGUCAGUCUCGCGACUUUGCUGUGGCAUUGGCCGUCAUCACUCUUCUCAUCUUGGUGUGCUUUGCCGCAUGGCUCCUGUACUUGAUCUUCAGGACUAGGCCAAGAGCCGUUCUGUUCGAUGAUCUGCCGACCGUAUUGCUCUAUGGGCCACUUUACAACACAUACUCGGACGAGGCGGCAGCCUUCGCGCUCAUUCCGGUUACCCUUACGUUCAUCCGCGGCAUUGCAAUUGGCGCCGUACAGCCUGUCGGGAUUGUACAAAUCGUUCUGCUCGCCAUUUGCGAGGUCAUCCAUGUGUUGACUCUUCACGCAUUCAGACCUUUCCAGUCUCCGACAUCCAUGAACGCCUACCACACUCUUUUCUCGGUUUUGCGCUUCACCACCGUCAUGCUCAUGGUCGCGUUCGUGCCACAAAUGGGUGUCACCGAAGGACCCAAGGGGUGGAUUGGCUAUACGAUUUUGCUCAUUCACGCCUGUGUUUUAGUUCUCGGGUUCUUUCUGAACGCCCUGAUUACGAUCAUCGAGGUGACGGCACGAAUUCUUGGCGCCGGAGGUGACGACACCCGCGGCCUCACGCGCGGUGGCCUGUCAAAGAUCUUUGGCAUGCGCCAGUUGCAGCGUCGGACUUCCCGGAGAGGCCAUGGCCCAUCCCGGAUCAGUCAUCUGUCAACAAUGGGUAUGCUCGAUGCCGAUGAAACGUCAAAGGCUGGAUAUGUGAUGCGUGGUGGCAGGUUAAGGAGCGAGUCGGCAGGUAGCGGGUUCCUCCUCCGAAGCCAACAGCGCAGCUCUUCCGCCCUUGACAGCAUCGACCCAUAUACCGGACAGGCUCGUAACUUAGAUAGCGGCAGUAACUUUACCCCGACAACGCCCGGCGAAGUUAGCACUUUCUCUUUCCUGCCGUCCCCCGCCGCCGCCACUCGGCCUCCUGCGGCUGUUACUGUCGAAUCUGCAGACCCAUAUUACCGACCGCCGAGACGCCGUGGCGACACACUCAACGGCUCAUCUACGUCUCUGCCACAUCGGGCUUCCGUCGCUGACUCCCGCCGAUACAGUCAAGGUGGCGCACACCUCGGAGACGCUGCGGCAGACCUGGAGGCCCAGUUAUCGAGGGGACCGACACCAGCUCCGCAGGCCAUCAAUCUCGCCCCGAGAGCAGAUUACUCGACCAGAGAGGUUGACUUUUACUACGGUGUUCGAGGCCCCGCCCUUAAUUCGGAGGGUGUUGGCCGUAAACUGAGGACAGGCCCCGCUGACCCGACAAAACCAAUGGCUACAGCUGCAGGGUGGUUCCGUACCAUGUUCGGUGGCAAGAGCAAGGAGAAGGGUAAGGGAUUCGAAGUAGUGCGAAGCUCAAGGAUGCCGCCAGCUAUGCGCGCCGCAGCCGAUGCGGAGUAUGAUGCAGAGGCUCCACCAGAAGGCAUCCCGGUGGCCAUGGGUGUCUUGAGAAACGGUCCCAUCGAAUCCGACGACGACGAACCGAAAAACAAGACAGCACGGAACCACGCCGACAAUGGGGAGAACACUGAAAAUCUGCUCAACGACGACGGUGUUUCGGUCGUAUCAACUGAAUCGGAGAUCGAAGCGAUCGGCAUGCCGAAAGUGUCUGACGCGCCGCCGACCCUGCCGGGAAUAGCGAGCUCGGGUAGCUUCACGUUGCCAAAUAGAGUUCCAUCAAUAGCAAGUCGAUCUGCUUCACAGAAACACAGACGCCAGUCGACGGAAUCCGACAUCCCAGAAAUUCCCCGGAAGAGCUCGAAGAGGGACUCUGGUGUGCCCCGUGGACACUCCCCAACCCCUUCGUUCAACCUGAUCCCGCCAACCUCUCCCGCGGGCCCCUUGAGGGGCGGACAAGCUGGAGACAUAGCCGCACAGGGUAAUCUUUCAUCAUCGCCAAACUCUGGGCGACUACCCUUUGAACGGUCAGAAUCGCAUCAGAAACGGCUGUCUUCCAACGGGUCAUCUCUGGAAGAGUUCAACAUUCGCAGGACGUCGAGCACUGAAAGACCAACCAGCUAUGGCGUUGUCACUCAGCACAGCAUUAGCAGAGUUGAUCCUGGGUCUGACCAGCAGGUUGAUCUUUUGGGGAGCUCUGCCGAGCUCGUCGAUGAGUGGGGAACUCCCAGCAGAGGUUCUUCGGCAAGAGGUCGAGCUUAUUGA